AUGAAAGAAUAUCUUAAUAUUUUUAUGUUACCUUUUCCCUGGAAUCCUUAUAACAAAGGAAACAAUCCAGAAUUCGUAUUUGUUGAUAAAAACGAUAAUAUAUUUGUUUGUGAAGCACAUCUUCCACGUCGUUUACUAAAAUUAUCCCAGAAUGGCACAGAAACAACACUGAUUGAAUCAAAAGAUGGCAUUCUUCAGUCAUGUUCAGAAAUAUGCGUUGACAAAAAUGAAAAUAUAUGUGUUUCAGACGGGGACCAACUUGCUGUGUGGAAAUUCGAUAAAAAUGGUAAGAUUGUGGCUGGUGGUAAUGAUUACGGCCAAGCACCAAAUCAAUUAUUUCAUCCAAUAGGAGUUACUGUUUGCGAUGGAAAUGGUAAGGGUGAUGGUUUAAAUCAAUUAAAUCAUCCGUGCUCAGUUGUUAUUGAUAGUAAUGAGAAACAAAUUUAUGUGGAUGAUGGUUUCAAUGGUCGUGUUGUUCGUUCGUCAACAGGUGCAAAAAAAGGUGAAAUUAUUGUGAAUGAUGAUAAAAAUAGUAAUAAACCAAAUGAACGGUCUCGUGCUGAUGGAAUCACAUUCGAUGCAGAUGGAAAUUUAUGUUACAGACCUUAA